GAGGCCUGGACUUGGCUAUUGAGGGGCCCUCAAAGGCCGAAAUCAGCUGCAUUGACAACAAAGAUGGGACGUGCACAGUGACCUACCUGCCCACCCUGCCAGGCGACUACAGCAUCCUGGUCAAGUACAACGACAAGCACAUCCCUGGCAGCCCCUUCACAGCCAAGAUCACAGAUGACAGCAGACGGUGCUCUCAGGUGAAGCUGGGCUCUGCCGCUGACUUCCUGCUCGACAUCAGCGAGACCGACCUCAGCACCCUGACAGCCAGCAUCAAGGCCCCGUCCGGCCGCGACGAGCCCUGCCUCCUGAAGAGGCUGCCAAACAAUCACAUCGGCAUCUCCUUUAUCCCCCGGGAGGUGGGCGAACACCUGGUCAGCAUCAAGAAGAAUGGCGACCACGUGGCCAACAGCCCCGUGUCCAUCAUGGUGGUCCAGUCUGAGAUCGGGGACGCCCGCAGAGCCAAAGUCUACGGCCGCGGCCUGUCAGAAGGACGGACUUUCGAGAUGUCUGACUUCAUCGUGGACACAAGGGAUGCAGGUUACGGCGGCAUAUCCUUGGCCGUGGAAGGCCCCAGCAAAGUGGACAUCCAGACAGAAGACCUGGAAGACGGCACCUGCAAGGUAUCCUACUUCCCCACCGUGCCCGGCGUGUACAUAGUCUCCACCAAAUUCGCCGACGAGCACGUGCCCGGCAGCCCAUUUACCGUGAAGAUCAGCGGGGAGGGAAGAGUCAAGGAGAGCAUCACCCGGACCAGUCGGGCCCCGUCUGUGGCCACCGUCGGGAGCAUCUGUGACCUCAACCUGAAAAUCCCAGAAAUCGACAGCAGCGACAUGUCGGCCCACGUCACCAGCCCCUCCGGCCGCGUGACCGAGGCAGAGAUUGUGUCCGUGGGGAAGAACUCGCACUGUGUCCGGUUUGUGCCCCAGGAGAUGGGUGUUCACACGGUCAGUGUCAAGUACCGCGGCCAGCACGUGACCGGCAGCCCCUUCCAGUUCACCGUGGGGCCGCUCGGAGAGGGGGGCGCCCACAAGGUCCGGGCAGGGGGCCCCGGCCUGGAGAGAGGAGAAGCAGGAGUCCCAGCUGAGUUCAGCAUCUGGACCCGGGAAGCGGGGGCCGGGGGCCUCUCCAUCGCUGUUGAGGGCCCCAGUAAGGCCGAGAUCACAUUCGAUGACCAUAAAAACGGAUCGUGCGGUGUGUCCUAUAUUGCCCAAGAGCCUGGUAACUACGAGGUGUCCAUCAAGUUCAACGAUGAGCACAUCCCCGAAAGCCCCUACGUGGUCCCGGUCAUCGCGCCCUCUGACGACGCCCGCCGCCUCACUGUUCUGAGCCUUCAGGAAUCGGGAUUAAAAGUUAACCAGCCAGCCUCCUUUGCUAUAAGGUUGAAUGGGGCCAAAGGCAAGAUUGAUGCAAAGGUGCAUAGCCCCUCUGGAGCCGUGGAGGAGUGCCACGUAUCCGAGCUGGAGCCAGGUAAGCCGAGGCCAGGUGUGCGGAUCCCAGCGCACCCCGGAGCGGGCUGAUCGGCCACCCAAGCC